CCGCGCAAACUAACUUUACUUUUUUUGGUACUAACAGUGACACUAAAUCUUUAAAAACGUUGCGACAAAGUGCCAGUGUUUACAUCGUAGAGAGUUUGGCUUGUGACUUAAUAUUCCAGUUCAGAGGACCAGUCGAAGCAGCCAAGAUGACCCUAGAACAGCCAGCCGGUGAGAUGUGGCAGAAGAUCCGCGAGGAGCUGAAUGAGAAGGCGGACACCAAGGAGGCUGACCUUGCGCACAUCAAGGAGUGGCUGAAGAAGGAGCCUCAUCUACCUGAUGAGUUUGAUGACCAGCGUAUCAUGACCUUCCUCCGAGGCUGCAAGUUCUCCUUGGAGAAGACCAAGCGUAAGCUGGACAUGUACUUCACCAUGCGCGCCGCUGUCCCAGAAUUCUUCAACGACAGGGAUGUCACGCGCCCCGAACUGCAGGAAAUCCUUAACAUGGUUCAAAUGCCACCUCUACCCGGCCUGACACCAGAAGGAAGACGUGUCAUCGUUAUGAGAGGUGUGGACAAAGAAGCUCAGACACCCAACGUGGCCGAUGCCUUCAAGCUGGCGCUCAUGCUGGGUGACGUCAGACUGGCUGAGGAGAAGGAGGGAGUGGCCGGUGACGUGUACGUCCUGGACGCCUCUGUUGCCACCCCGACACACUUCGCUAAGUUCACACCCACACUCGUCAAGAAGUUCUUAGUCUGCGUACAGGAAGCCUACCCCGUAAAACUGAAGGAGGUCCAUGUCAUCAACGUUUCGCCUCUGGUUGACAAGAUUGUCAACUUCGUCAAACCUUUCAUCAAGGACAAGAUCAAAGAAAGGAUCUUCCUCCACACUGACACAAAUGAUCUCUACAAAUACGUUCCUAAGGACAUGCUGCCGGCUGAGUAUGGCGGCAACGCUGGUCCCAUGAACGACCUUCACAAUUCAUGGGUCAAGAAGUUAGAAGAAUACAAAGACUGGUUUGCGGAACAGGAGAGCCUGAAAGCCAACGAGGCCCUCAGACCUGGGAAACCAACCAACUAUGACGAGCUCUUCGGAAUCGACGGCUCCUUCCGACAGCUCGUGAUUGACUAAGGUUUCUACAUAACACCGUCAAGUUAAAAAGUCGUGGUGAAUAGAUAAUUCGUACUUUAGAAAUAUUCUUUUCAACUUGAUCGGGUAGCGCCUCUCAUCUAUCGCUUAUUUCAGUUACCAUUUGAAUUUUUAGUAUUAUUUUUGACGAUGUAAUUGCUUUUUGGGGAUGCCUGUUGGAUACUGCGAUUUUAGUACCUAUUUCUAUAACAAUAAGGUUUAAUAUUGUUAGACUAAAUUUCAAUGACUGAAACAUUAGUAAAAUUUUUGGACUUAUUGCGUUAGGAAUAAGGUUUAAAAUUGUUUAAAUUUAGCAGGUUUUCUUGAAAGGCAUUUGCUUGUUUGUCAACCAAAGUAUUGCUCAAUUUGUGUAUUUUUGUUAUUAUGUGUGUGUAACGUGUUAUUGUUAGGCAUUUGAUUAAAUGAA